CUUCGAGCAGGGACCUCCAUGGCCCGGCCCGGACCCGUCGCCCGCCCUACACCUCCCGGGGGGAGCCGGCCCCGCUGAGCGCCCCGGACCGGGAUCCCGCGGGGACCCCCACCACCGCCCAGCCCAACCCAGUCCAGCCCAGCACAGCCCGGUCCAGCCCAGCACAGCCCGGCCCGGCCCCGCCGCCCCCCGCGCAGCAGCAUGUUCCCGGGAGCGGGGGCCCAGCCGGGGCUCGCUCAGCAGCGCGGAGCCGGCAGCCGCGCAGCGGGGCCGUGACGGGUAGUGCCCCACGAGGGGAGCGCGGGCAGGACCCCCUCCCCACCCCCGCCCCGCUCCUUCCCUGGUCAUUUCUCGGUCUGGAGCCCGCCCCGGAGAGAUAUGCUCAGCCCAAACCGUCUGGAAGCGUCUCCUGGGAUUGCCGUGGCCCCCGGGCGUGCGGAGUGCGGAGCCUUCCCUCGGACGGCGGGCGCGGCCCCGCGGCUCUGCCUGCCCCUGCUGCUGCUGCUGCUCGCCCUCACGCCCCGCGCCGACUCCUCGUGGUGGUACAUCGGGGCGCUGGGCGCCAGGGUGAUCUGCGACAACAUCCCUGGGUUGGUGAACAAGCAGCGGCAGCUGUGCCAGAGGUACCCUGACAUCAUGCAGUCGGUCGGGGAGGGAGCCAAGGAGUGGAUCCGCGAGUGCCAGCACCAGUUCCGGCACCACCGCUGGAACUGCAGCACCCUGGACCGGGACCACACAGUCUUCGGCCGGGUCAUGCUGCGAAGCAGCAGGGAGGCUGCCUUCGUCUAUGCCAUCUCCUCAGCUGGGGUGGUCUAUGCCAUCACGAGGGCCUGCAGCCAGGGGGACCUGAAGGCCUGCAGCUGCGACCCGCUCAAGAGAGGCCGCUCCAAGGACGAGCGCGGGGAGUUCGACUGGGGCGGCUGCAGCGACAACAUCCACUACGGCAUCCGCUUCGCCAAGGCCUUCGUGGAUGCCAAGGAGAAGAAGGUGAAGGAUGCCAGGGCCCUGAUGAACCUGCACAACAACCGCUGCGGGAGGAUGGCAGUGAAGCGUUUCCUGAAGCUGGAGUGCAAAUGCCACGGGGUGAGUGGCUCCUGCACGCUAAGGACUUGUUGGCUGGCAAUGUCAGACUUCCGGAAAACAGGAGACUACCUGAGGAAGAAGUACAACGGAGCCAUCCAGGUGACGAUGAACCAGGACGGCACCGGCUUCACGGUGGCCAACAAGAACUUCAGGAAGCCCACGAAAACAGACCUGGUGUACUUUGAGAACUCACCUGAUUACUGCGUGAUGGACAAGUCAGCAGGCUCCCUGGGCACGGCCGGGCGCGUCUGCAGCAAGCUGUCCCGCGGGACGGACGGCUGCGAGGUGAUGUGCUGCGGGCGGGGGUACGACACCACCCGCGUCACCCGCGUCACCAAGUGCGAGUGCAAGUUCCACUGGUGCUGCGCUGUGCGCUGCAAGGAGUGCGAGGACACUGUGGACGUGCACACCUGUAAAGCACCCAAACGGGCCGAGUGGUUGGACCAGACCUGAACCCGACGGAGCACGGAGGGGGAAGAGGCUGCUGCUGCUGUCAGCCCCUGCCUUGCGAUUUCAUUUUUACACCCCGCCCCCGCCCGUCCCCAACUCUGUCCCCACCCUGUCCCCCACCCGACUCCUGCCCCGAGGGCUGCGAUGUUCUGGGAGCUGUAGUUCGGCUGCAUGGCUUUUAUUUAAUUCGUUCUGCAAAGCACUACAAGAGAGGACUACAUUUCCCAGGAGGUACCGCGGACCCUUCCACUUGCUCAGCAACAGUAAUCCCCCACCUAGCAGGAGUCUGCGAGCCUUGCUUCGACUGUGAACCUGCUGCUGCUGCCACCCUGGGUUCUCGUCUGCGCGGGGACGGUGCAGCCGAUGCGGACUGGGGUGAGGACCGAUCGUCGGGACGCAACGGCUGAGGACACCAUGGCUGAGGGCACCUGCACCUCCCCAGAGAGCUUACCUUGCAGUUUCACCAGCAAAAACACCCCACUAGCUGAGAGCAACCCAUUCCUGCAGGAAGCAUCCUUGCUCUUCCCUUCUUUGCAAGGCCAAGGAUGGGUGCCGCUGACCGUGAGACAGCUCCGGGAUCUCCCCCUGGCAAACCCAGCGCUCACUGCUGACCCUGCUGAGCAGAGCAGCCUCUGCAGGAGGCUUCUCCCUGUCUCCCCGCGAAGGCGACGAGAGGAGCUGUAAAUUGGGACUGAAACCCGAGGGACUGCACAAGGACAAGGGCCACUCCCCGCGGCUGGUGGCCACAGAGGGCUAAAGAAAGCAGAAGGAGUCUGUGAAGGUCCUGGUAGGUCCUGGAGCCAGACACCAGAGCGUCUCUGUAAAGCUCACCUGUAUGUUGUGUAUACUGCUUACUGUUUUAACUCCAAAUUCAUUAUAAACCUGUAUCA